GAGUCUGCAUGGGUGUGUUUCUCUAAAAGCAAUAUUGAAGAUGGGGGGGUUGAGGGCAGGGACUCCACCUGCUGCCACCUGUUCAUCUGCUCUGUCUUAUAAAAGCUGCUCCCUCACUGUCUCCAGGAUCACAGACACCUUGGACUCUUCAGGCUGUCCAAUAUUCUGGACUUUCAGCACAGCUUGGACAUCGGCCAGGCUGUAACACUGAGGGCACCUCUGCAGAACCCUGAAGCUGAAACUGGAAACUUCUCUGACAAUCCUGUUGACUUGUAUCCGAGUCUGUCUGAUCUGGGGACAUACGUCAGUUUGAUUCUUCAACCAAAAAUCAUGAAGUCUCGUCGACCCAGCUGCUCUGACUCUGGAUCUGAGUCCUCAGAACUAGACUCCAAGAGCCCAGAGAAAUAUGAGACUGCCACGAGGCGACGGAUGGCUGCCAAUGCCAGAGAGAGGAAGAGGAUGGAGGGUUUGAACACAGCCUUUGAUCGCUUGCGUAAGGUGGUCCCCCAGUGGGGUGAGGACAAGAAACUGUCCAAGUAUGAAACCCUGCAGAUGGCCCUCAGCUACAUCAUGGCUCUAAACCGGAUCCUGACAGACGCCAGGAGGCACAAUGCUCCUCACAGGCAGUGGCUGGACCUGCAGUUUGACUGUGUGCAGCCUGAAAACUACGCAUGCCUCAUGAGGUAUGACUCUCAGACCGGACAGGAGUACAUCGACUCUUCGUUCUCCUAUCAGUUCGAUGGCCAUCAGGUCCACGCAUAAACCGCUGCCAUGUGGUAGAUAAUCAGUCAUGUUGUUGGGUGUGAGUGACAAUGUGAAUAUUUCUCCUUCAGUCUUGGAGACAGUAAAUACAUUUGUAUUGCAUUAUUUUCUUUUUGUAUUUAGCUAAUUUUUGUAUGACAAUCAGAAAGACUUAAUUUUUGCUAAGAAACCCAGCAGUGUUAAGCAUCUUUUUGUUCAAGAAUAGCAAUGACAAGUAAAUGCUAGACCUCACUGAAGAUACAGGCAAUGGUGUAUUUUUUAUCAGUUAUU